AUGGCCUCCUCCUAUGCAGAAAACAACGACCUGGCCUCUCCACCAAGCCUGAUGUCGCUCAUGAUGGGAUAUACCCCUUCCCCUCGGGCUGCUGUUUUAUCACCUCUACCAGUCACAGAAAACAGAACCGCCUCGUCGUCCAUCACGCUCGAACCACCGCCACCACCGACUGUCACGUCUGAGUCAAGAAAUAGUAUUACCAGCACCAAAACUUCAACGGCAAGGCAGGAGGAGGCAACACAGGUCAGGAUUCUAAAGAGGGAGAGCAUACAGAUUGAGAUUCAGCAACCUCCUACGGCACAUUUUGACAAGCAUACUUCUGAUGAGCCUGGCUUGAGAGGGAAGAAGGCUGUUACGAUUUUCAGCCCUGCUCGUUCACAUCAGGAUGUGGGUGGUGAGAAGGAGAGUUUGGCGUUGGAGGAGAAAGUAGGGGCCGUCAAAAAGGGGAGAGGGAGGAAAAGGGGUUGUGGAGGGUGCUGGGGCUUUUGGUAG